GUCUUUGUCUCUGGCUGCAGUCCGAGUGCCUGGUCUAGUCUUUGCUGUUCUGCGUCCUGUUCUCCUAGAGACCCAGCCUCUGUGGCCCUGUGACUUGCAGGUAUUGGAGAACCACAGCUAAGACGCCAGGACCCCCAGAAGCCUAGAAAUGGGAGUGUUGACAUUUAGGGAUGUGGCCAUAGAAUUCUCUGUGGAGGAGUGGCAAUGCCUGGACACUGCACAGCAGAAUUUAUAUAGGAACGUGAUGUUAGAGAACUACAGAAACCUGGUCUUCCUGGGUAUUGCUGCCUCUAAGCCAGACCUGAUCACCUGUCUGGAGCAAGGAAAAGAACCUUGGAAUGUGAAGAGACAUGAGACAGUAGCAAAACACCCAGUUGUAUGUCCUUAUUUUGCCCAACACCUUUGGCCAAAGCAGGGCAUAAAAAAUUAUUUCCAAAAAAUCAUACUGAGAAGAUAUAAAAAAUGUGGACAUGAAAAUUUACAGCUAAGAAAAUACUGUAAAAGCGUGGAUGAGUGUAAGGUGCGCGAAGAAUGUUACAAUGGACUUAGCCAGUGUUUGACAACUGCCCAGAACAAAAUAUUUCAAUGUGACAAAUACGUGAAAGUCUUUCAUAAAUUUUCAAAUUCAGACAGACAUAAGAUAAAACAUACUGGAAAGAAAGCCUUCAAAUGUAAAGAAUGUGAAAAGUCAUUUUGUGUGCUUUCACACUUAGCUCAACAGGAAAGAAUUCAUACUGGAGAGAAACCCUACAAAUGUAAAGAAUGUGGAAAAGCCUACAAUGAGGCCUCAAACCUUUCUACAUAUAAAAGAAUUCAUACUGGAAAGAAACCCUACAAAUGCGAAGAGUGUGGAAAAGCGUUUAACCGGCUCUCACACCUUACUACACAUAAGAUAAUUCACACUGGAAAGAAACCCUACAAAUGUGAGGAAUGUGGCAAAGCUUUUAACCAGUCUGCGAACCUUACUACACAUAAGAGAAUUCAUACUGGAGAGAAACCCUACAGAUGUGAGGAAUGUGGCAAAACUUUUAGCCAGUCCUCAACCCUUACUGCACAUAAGAUAAUUCAUGCUGGAGAGAAACCCUACAAAUGUGAAGAAUGUGGCAAAGCUUUUACUCAGUCCUCAACCCUUACUACACAUAAGAUAAUUCAUACUGGAGAGAAAUUCUACAAAUGUGAAGAAUGUGGCAAGGCCUUUAGCCGGUUCUCACACCUUACUACACAUAAGAGAAUUCAUUCUGGAGAGAAACCCUACAAGUGUGGAGAAUGUGGCAAAGCUUUUAAACAAUCCUCAACCCUUACUACCCAUAAGAGAAUUCAUGCUGGAGAGAAAUUUUACAAAUGUGAAGUAUGUGGCAAAGCCUUUGGCCGAUUCUCACACCUUACUACACAUAAGAGAAUUCAUUCUGGAGAGAAGCCCUACAAAUGUGAAGAAUGUGGCAAAGCUUUUAACCUAUCGUCACAACUUACUACACAUAAGAGAAUUCAUACUGGAGAGAAACCCUACAAAUGUGAAGAGUGUGGCAAAGCUUUUAAUCAGUCCUCAACUCUUUCUAAACAUAAGGUAAUUCAUACUGGAGAGAAACCCUACAAAUGUGAAGAAUGUGGCAAAGCCUUUAACCAGUCUUCUCACCUUACUACACAUAAGAUAAUUCAUACUGGAGAGAAACCCUACAAGUGUGAAGAAUGUGGCAAAGCCUUUAACAACUCCUCUAUUCUUAACAGACAUAAGAUGAUUCAUACUGGAGAGAAACUCUACAAACCUGAAAGUUGUAACAAUGCUUGUGACAACAUCGCAAACAUUUCCAAACAUAAAAGAAAGUGUGCUGGUGAGAAAUCACAGAAAUAUGAAUAAUGCGACAGAGCCUUUAAAUGGUUAUCACACUUGCUUGCAGGUUAGGUAAUUCACACUGGAGAAAACUUCUACAAGUGUGAACAGUGUGGCAAAACUUACACAAUGCUCAUACCUUAUUGCACACAAAAGCCUUUAUACUUGAAAAUAAAUGUACAAAUAUAAAAAAAGUUAAAAUGAUUAAUAUCUGCUCACAUCUUACUCAACAUCAGAGAAUUUAUACUUAAUAGCAUUAAAAGUGCAAUUACUGUCAAAAGAGUCUUGAGAAAAUGUAAGCUUUUAAAGUGCUGAAGAGGAUUUAUUUUGAAGACAAACAUUACAAAUAUAAACAAAGUUGUGGUAACUUUACCUGUAACACAGAUCUUGUUGUAUUCAUUUUGUAUUAGAGGCAAACCCUGAAGCAAU